ACCGGACCGGCGGCCAUAGUAAUGACUACGAGGGAAAAUAUUGGGCAUCAGCAAUCCCACCCGCACGUGACCGCGCCGCCAUGCCCCACGCGAUCAGCCACUCGUUCGUUCAAAAUCCCUCCUUCAGCAAGUGCCUCGUCGUUCACCCCAGUUCCUCUGCCUGGAACCGACGCUUAUCCCCGACUUGCCUACCAGCCACGCAAGACACUUCCCAGCUUGUCAUUUUCGCCCAAAACUUGACGACUU